AUGUCCGUGUUCUUCAAGGAAAUAUUGCCUGGAAAUCCAGUCCAGAAGGGCGAUGUGGAGGCACUUCUUGAACCCCUAGACGUCUCAGUCCGCCCAGAUGAGUCGGCAGAUUAUCAGCUCCUGCUGGCUGCAGUUCAUGACUGUGCUGAACGCGUGUUUAGUCUACCAGACUAUCAGCCAGUUCCGGACAUAGAAAGAUUCCCUCGCCAGGAUGUUAGAAUUCCCAAUGAAGAUGAACAAAGCUAUGGUCAUGCAUGGGCACACCUAUUUACAAUCCGAGGCGACCAGUCAUCACGCUCAGCAAUAGCCGGGAAAUCAGUCUGCAUCAAGGAUUGCAUCGCUGUAGCAGGUGUGCCACAGUUCUUUGGUAGCGACGCAUUCCCAGCUUGGACUCCCUCUACCGACGCCACUGUGGUGACAAGAGUUCUCGAAGCUGGAGCUACCAUCACAGGAACAGCGACGUGCGAGAACUUCUGCAACUCAACGUCCUCUUUUACAAGCGCCCAAGGCAUCAUCGACAAUCCGCGUCAAGCUGGAUAUUCCGCUGGAGGCAGUACCUCUGGUGGCGCUGCCCUCGUCACGGGUGGUCUAGCUGAUAUUGCUAUUGGGACAGACCAAGGAGGCAGCAUUCGCGUCCCUGCCUCUCUAUGUGGUUGUGUAGGAUUCAAGCCUACGCAUGGUCUUGUACCAUACACAGGCAUUACCAGUGGUGAUCAGAUCGAUGAUCAUGCAGGUCCGCUUGCGAGAACGGUGGAUGAAGUCGCGGCCUGCCUAGAUGCCAUCGCAGGUUAUGAUGGUAUAGAUGACCGGUCUCUUGGUUCAGCAUCACAUGGCUCGUUUGGCUUUCUUGAAUCGUUGGAGGGUGGUGGACUACAGGGUGUGCGUAUUGGCGUUUUAAGAGAAGGGUACGAUAACGAUUUGGUUCAACCGGGUGUCAAACAAGCUUUCUUCGCCUCGAUAAACAGAUUGGAGUCUCUUGGAGCUAUCGUGGAAGAGAUCUCAAUCCCUUUGCACAAGGAAGGACCAUCGAUAUGGACGAUCCAACAGCGCAUCUCAGGCUCAGCAGGCAUCCUGGGACAGGCACAUGGUCGUCGGGGUCUCUAUCUGACCGAGUUUGAACAAGCUCGUCUACCAUGGAAUACAUCUGAAUUCGAGAAGCUAUUCCCCUCGACAAAGAACACAGUUAUCAACGGUUUAUACCUACAGAAAAGUUUCCCUGGUCUAUAUGGAAAGACGGUCAACAUCGGAAGACAAAUCCGCGAUGCGUACGAGGAUAAAUUCAAGGAGUACGACGCCAUUAUCAUGCCAACCACUCCACUCGUCGCUCCACGGCAUGGAUCCAGACAAUCUGUGCUGGAGUCGUUCAAGCCUAGCAUUGGAAUGACGAACAAUACCUGCAUCUUCAAUGUUACGGGCCAUCCAGCUUUGUCGCUUCCAGUUGGAUGGUCGCCCGCUGCCGAUGACAAGAAUUUCCUGCUACCGGUUGGGCUGCAGAUUGUUGGUGGGCUCUGGGAGGAAAAGAAAGUAUUGCGUAUCGCGAAAGCAUUGGAAAGCAGCUAUGAUUGGCAGCAAGUGGAAGUACGUAAAGCGACAGACACUUGUGAACCCACGGAGGUUUCACGUUUAUAA